GCGUCUAGCAACGAGGCGCCACCCGCGACCAACGAGGCGUAUGCUUCAGGUGUGCAUAAUUGUACCUCACAGGGAUAUUCACCAUCGCACACAAUGCGAAUUAACCAUGCGCCAUCCGGGCACGAAGCACACAGCGAUGCAACGGGUAUCAACACACGUGGCUCAAAGAAAAAGGAAGAGGCCCGGCCGCUGGGGCUGGAGGGCAUGUUCAGUCAGCCGACGCGGGUGAAAACACACUCACUCACUCACAGAUAA